AUGGCUCUCCUCCCACGCUCCCUCCUCGCCGCGAUCGCGGCCGCAGUUCUUCUCACGACCUCUUUCGCCGCUCGUCCGGACCACCAUCACCGCCACCCUCCGCAUCAUCCUCCCGUCGAAGCUCCGGCUUCGACUGAUGAGGAACAGUGGUACCGUCCCGGUGUCACUCCACCUCCGUCCGAGUCUCCCAUCCAACUCCAUGCUGUAGGCUUCUCUUCACCUCCGUCCGAGUCUCCUUACAAUCUUGAGGCCGCCCAUCAUUAUCCGCCCGAUGAAGCUCCGGCCGAUCCGAUGAAGGGGGAGGAAAAAUGGUACCGUCCCGAGUCUCCUAUCCAACUUCAUGUUAAUCCGCCCGUUGAAGCUCCGGCUCUGACGAAGGGGGAGGAAAAAUGGUACCAUCCCGGUGUCCCUCAACCUCCGUCCGAGUCUCCCAUCCAACUCCAUGCUAUAGGCUUCUCUUCACCUCCGUCUGAGUCUCCUUACAAUCUAGAGGCCGCCCAUCAUUAUCCGCCCGAUGAAGCUCCGGCCGAUCUGAUGAAGGGGGAGGAAAAAUGGUACCGUCCCGGUGUCCCUCAACCUCCAUCAGAGUCUCCUAUCCAACUUCAUGUUAAUCCGCCCGUUGAAGCUCCGGCUCCGACGAAGGGGGAGGAAAAAUGGUACCGUCCCGGUGUCCCUCAACCUCCGUCCGAGUCCCCCAUCCAACUCCAUGCUAUAGGCUUCUCUUCACCUCCGUCUGAGUCUCCUUACAAUCUUGAGGCCGCCCAUCAUUAUCCGCCCGAUGAAGCUCCGGCCGAUCUGAUGAAGGGGGAGGAAAAAUGGUACCGUCCCGGUGUCUCUCAACCUCCAUCAGAGUCUCCUAUCCAACUUCAUGUUAAUCCGCCCGUUGAAGCUCCGGCUCCGAAGAAGGGGGAGGAAAAAUGGUACCGUCCCGGUGUCCCUCAACCUCCGUCCGAGUCUCCCAUCCAACUCCAUGCUAUAGACUUCUCUUCACCUCCGUCUGAGUCUCCUUACAAUCUAGAGGCCGCCCAUCAUUAUCCGCCCGAUGAAGCUCCGGCCGAUCUGAUGAAGGGGGAGGAAAAAUGGUACCGUCCCGAUGUCCCUCAACCUCCAUCAGAGUCUCCUAUCCAACUUCAUGUUAUCCGUCACCCUUCACCUCCGUCCGAGUCUCCAUACAAUCUUCAUGUCAUCGACCACCAUAAAGGCCACCACCAUCAUCACGGACACCAUUCUCAGGCCAAAGCUCCGGCUCCCGGCCAUCACGCUCCUGCCGGUUCUCCCUACGUCAUCGACCGUGAAGUGGUUUUCCAUGAAGACCACCACCACCACUCUCCUUCUCCGGCGGAGGCUCCUUAUUACUCCGGUGCUUAUGCUCCAGCUCCAGCGCCAACUAGCGCCGCUAAUGUGCUCCGGUCAGUCUCCGUUGUCGGAAUUGUGGCAAUAUUGGGUACAAUGCUUCUCAUUUGA